AUCUGGUUCCAGAAUCAGCGAGCCAAGUGGCGGAAGCAGGAGAAGACUGGCAGUCUUGGCACCCCACAGCAGCUAGGCGAGUCCAACUUGGCUCUGUUCACGAGUCUGGAUGUGGCUGGCCCCGUGCUGACACCCACUGCUCUGCACAGGCUGGCUCCUCCCACUGUAUGUUACCCACGGGCUCAGAAUCAGACAACCUCUGCCUGGUUCCCUGCCCAGAUCACCCUCAUCCCCCAGCACCCAUGGGAGCUGCAGCCCCUCCCAGGCCUUCAUGUCCAGCAGACCUGCAUCCCUGCCCUCUGUGUCCUGCCACCUCCACACCCCAAGUGGGGCAGCAUCUGUGCCACUUCAACAUAG